AUGGGGAUCUUCGAGCCGUUCCGCGCGAUCGGGUACAUCACCACGGGCGGCGUGCCCUUCUCCCUGCAGCGCCUCGGCACCGAGACCUUCGUCACCGUCAGCGUCGGCAAGGCCUUCCACGUCUACAACUGUGCCAAGCUCACUUUGGUCCUUGCCGGACCUCAACUGCCCAAGAAGAUCCGCGCCCUCACAUCCUUCAAGGAAUACACCUUUGCUGCAUAUGGAAGUGAUAUCGCGGUUUUCAAACGGACCGAUCUGGUGGUUACCUUUACUAAACAUGAAGAAAAGGUGAACAUGUUGUACCUGUUUGGAGAAUACAUUCUCAGUGCAGAUACUAAAGGUGAUAUAUUUAUCUGGGCCUUCAGAGGAGCUAAACCAAGCAGUGAGCCUGUUGGAAACAUAUCACUGGGAGACAAGUUUACUCCAACCUGCAUUAUGCAUCCAGAUACUUACCUAAAUAAGGUCAUUAUUGGUAGUGAAGAAGGACCAUUGCAGCUGUGGAAUAUCAGCACAAAGAAAAAAGUAUACGAUUUUAAGGGUUGGGAUUCAUCAGUACGUUGUUGUGUUUCUUCACCUGCUCUGGAUAUGGUUGCAGUCGGUUGCUCAGAUGGAUCAAUUCAUGUUCACAAUAUACGAUAUGAUGAAGAGUUGAUGUCUUUCAACCAUGAAAUUCGGGGUGCCGUAACUGCCCUGUCAUUUCGAACAGAUGGGCAGCCCCUUCUAGCAUCUGGAGGUUCCUCGGGUGUUAUUAGCAUUUGGAAUCUUGAGAAGAGAAGGCUGCACUCUGUGAUUAGGGAGGCCCAUGAUGGUUCUAUUGUAUCACUUCAUUUUUUUGCCAAUGAACCUAUUUUGAUGAGCUCAGCAGCUGAUAAUUCAAUUAAAAUGUGGAUAUUUGAUAAUAAUGAAGGAGAUGCUCGUCUGUUACGAUUUCGAAGUGGGCAUAGCGCUCCACCUCGGUGCAUAAGAUUCUAUGGCAACGGAAAAUUCAUCUUAUCCGCUGGUCAAGACCGUGCCUUCCGUCUUUUCUCAGUUGUUCAGGAUCAACAAAGCAGAGAGCUUUCUCAGCGGCAUGUGGCAAAAAGAGCAAAAAAGCUUAGAGUAAAGGAGGAAGAGAUAAAGCUAAAACCAGUUAUUGCAUUUGAUUGUGCUGAGAUACGUGCACGUGAUUGGUGUAAUGUUGUUACAUGCCACAUGGAUACUUCAAAGGCAUAUGUAUGGCGUCUUCAGAACUUUGUUAUAGGCGAACAUAUUCUUACACCAUCGUCAGAGACUGAGUCACCGAUUAAGGCUUGUACUAUAAGUGCAUGUGGUAAUUUUACUAUCUUGGGCACCGAAGGUGGUUGGAUCGAAAAAUUUAACCUUCAAUCUGGGAUUAGUCGUGGUAGUUACAUUGAUGGCUCGCUGUCAUUGCAAUGUGCACAUGAAGGGGAAGUUGUUGGAUUAGCAUGUGAUGCUACAAAUGGUUCUCUGAUUAGUGCUGGAUACCGUGGGGAUAUUAAGGUGUGGGAUUUUAAAAGUUGCAAGCUAAAAUCCAAAUUCAAUGUUGGUAAAUCUGUAACUAAGAUUGCAUAUCACCGAGCAAAUGGUCUUCUUGCUACGGUAGCAGAUGAUAUGGUGCUUGUAUUGUUUGAUACAGUGUCAAUGAAAAUGGUUCGUAGAUUUGAAGGACAUACAGACCGCAUCACUGAUCUGUGUUUCAGUGAGGAUGGGAAAUGGCUCAUCUCAUCUAGUAUGGAUGGGACGCUCAGAAUAUGGGAUAUCAGUUUAGCAAGACAGAUAGAUGCGAUGCGUGUUGAUGUAUCUAUAACAUCUGUCUCCAUGUCUCCUAAUAUGGAUGUGUUGGCAACCACCCAUGUUGACCAAAAUGGCGUGUAUCUUUGGGUUAAUCAAGCUUUGUUCUCACCUUCGGCAAAUGUUGAUAGCUAUGCAAGUGGUAAACAUGUCCGGAACGUGCUUUUGCCAACUGUUUCAUCAGCCGAAAGAUCUGAGGAGGAAGAACCCAUUAAAAAAUCACAAGAUUCAAAUCAAUCUAAUAUUAAACCUUUUGUCAUAAUGGAUCAUCAAAUACCAAAUAUGAUCACACUCUCAUUACUCCCAAGGAGUCAAUGGCAAAGCUUGACAAAUCUUGACAUUAUAAAGGUUCGAAACAAACCGAUCGAGCCACCUAAGAAACCUGAGCAGGCUCCAUUUUUCUUGCCCACAGUUCCAUCCCUUUCUGGGGAGAUAUUGUUUGAGCCUCCUUCCAGUAAAGAAACAGACGGCAACACUACUGAGGACAUAGGUCAUAAAAAGAUGGCUGAUCUCUCCUCCUACUUCAGUCGGCUGUUACAAUCCUGUGGAGAACUUGAGAGCUAUUCAGCGUUCACUGACUACCUAAAAGGCCUAUCUCCGUCAUCUCUAGACAUGGAACUACGGAUGCUACAGUUAAUAGAUGAUGACGAGGUGGAAGAGUCGGAGGAACCAAGACCCGAGCUCCAGUCCAUCUCGUUGCUGCUGGACUACUUCAUUCACGAGCUUUCCUGCAGGAACAACUUCGAGUUUGUUCAAGCUGUUCUGAAAUUGUUUCUGAAGAUACAUGGUGAAACAAUACGGCGCCACUCGACGCUACAGGAGAAAGCGAGGAAACUCCUGGACGUCCAGAGCAAGGUCUGGCAGAAGAUUGACAAAAUGUUUCAGAGCUCGCGAUGCAUGGUCACAUUCCUCAGCAACUCGCAGUUUUAG